AUGACGACCACGUCGGGUGGAUGUUCGAUCACCGCCGCGCGGGGGAGGGCGCUCGGCGGUGCCGGAGUCGAUCGAACGCGCCUCGUCCGGUCGCGUCGCGCCGCGUCCGCCGCCGCGCGCGCGUCGUCGUCGUCGUCGAACCCGCCCGGCGUCGAGGGUGAGGAUAAGCGGCGUCCGUCGUGCCGAUCGAGGUCCACGUCGACGGUUCCUCUGUCGCGCAUCGCCGGAGCGUGCACGGCCGCGAUGCUCUCCGCGUCCGUCGGUGGGGCGAUGCCGGUCCUGACGCCGCCCCCCGCGGCCGCUCUCGGCGAGUACGGCUCCGGCCUUGGGUACUUCCAGCGGCUGGAGGCGGAGCGGGCCAUCAGCGAAGAACCCGUGCCCCUGAGCCGACGCUCCGAGCGACGCGCGUCCUCCCCGCCCGCGGGCGCCUCGGCCAACGCGACCCGGGGCAUUCCGCUCUCGCUCGGCGCCGACGACGACGACGUCGCCGAGUCGAACGUCGCCUACACCGAACCCGACUUCUCCGACGCCGUCUCGUCGUUCGGCGAUCCGAGACGCGAUCCCUCCCUAGAGGAGGUUCGCGCGAGCCGCCUUCGCCGAGCGGCGUUUCAGUGGUCCGUCAUAGCCGCCGUGGCGUACAACGCGUACCGCGCGAGGACCCGGGGCAGCGACGUGACCAAACGUUUGGGGUUAGAGGGCAAGGCGGCGACGCAGCUGGCGGGAACCAGGUGGAGGCUCACGCUCGACAUAGGGCGCGAACGAGGAACUUGGAUGCCGCCCGAGUGGGGCGCAUCCGGCUUUCGAGUCAUCUUACCCAUGGCGGUGGAGCUCGGGGCGAACGGGGUGGUGACGCCCAUAGCCAUCGGGGGGUUCGCGCCCAUGACCGUGAGCGCGGGCAAGUGGCGUUUAGAGGGCGACGCGUUAAAGUUCGACGUCAAGACGUCGGGGAUGGCCAAAGGCGACGUGACGCUGCCGGAGGAUUCUCUACAUUUUCGAACAGCCGCGUGGGGAGGGACGAUGGCGUCGAGAGGUAACCUGAUGCUCCUGCAGACCAGGUUCGGGUUCAGGAGGGAGUGGAGGAUGGUGGGCGUGUUCAAGGCUGAGCCCCUUUUGGACGACGACGAGGACGACGACGACCGAAAGGGGGGCGAGGGGGGCGAAGGCGGCGGCGACGAGGAGAGCCGAGAGAGGAGGGUGCUCCUCGAGUCCAUGCGCGUCACCGAACGCAAGACGUCGUGA